AUGAAGCUCCACUCGACCGCCCUGACUGCGGCCCUGCUGGCCAGCAGCGCCGCAUCUGCCCUCCCCAUGCAGAGCUUCUUUGCCCCGCCCUCGUCCGGCCCCUCACUGUCGACGCUCGACAUAGAGUCAGCCACCCCCUUUUCGCGCCUCACCAACCGCCUCCUCCAGCCUCUGUCGUCGCUCUUUGAACCCCGCCUGGUCCAGACCGCGCACGAUGCCGAGCCCUACUGGACCAACGAGCUGGGCAAGCACCUUCUCUUCUACCGCGGCCAGUCCUUUAUGGACCUCACCGACCACCCCCAACUCGGCCUCCUCUCGGCCCAGCGCCUGGACGCCGCCAAGGAGCCCACGUUCCCAGAGCACGUCCGAUUCGACAAGCAGCUCAAGCCCGUCUUCAAGGGCAUCAGCGACAAGGGCCCGCGAGAGAACCUCAAGGCCUUUACCGGCUUCCACACGCGCUACUACAAGAGCGAGACGGGCAAGCAGAGCCAAAAGUGGCUGCUCAGCAAGGUCAAAGAGACGAUCGGCUCGCACGCCAACAUCACCGUCCGGGAGUUUGAGCACGCCUGGGGCCAGAACUCGAUCAUCCUCCAUGUGCCCGGCCGCAACGCCUCGCUCUCGCAGUCCGAGGGCGUCACGAUCCUCGGUGCGCACCAGGACAGCACCAACUUCUUCCCCUUCUUUGCUGCGCCCGGCGCCGACGACGACGGCUCGGGCACCGUGACGAUUGUCGAGGCCCUCCGCGUGCUGCUGGAGGCCGGCUGGCACCCCGAGACCGACGUCGAGUGGCACUGGUACUCGGCAGAGGAGGGGGGCCUGCUUGGUAGCCAGGCCGUGGCCGCCUCGUACGAGCAGGAGGGCCGCAAAGUCAAGGCCAUGCUCCAGCAGGACAUGACUGCGUUUGUCAAGGCCGGCACUGAUGAGGUAGUGGGCAUCGUGAGCGACUUUGUCUCUGCGCCUCUGGCCGCCUUUGUGACGCGCCUGGUCAAGGCCUACCUCGACAUUCCGCCGGUCGAGACCAAGAUUGGCUACGCCGCCAGCGACCAUGCGUCGUGGUCCAAGAUCGGCGCGCCGUCUGCGUCUGCCAUUGAGGCCACGUACGAGAACAGCAACCUGCGCAGGAUCCACACGACGGGCGACGUCUUUGACAUUCCCGAGUACUCUUUCCGCCACCUGCUGCAGUUUGUGCGGCUCUCGACCGCCUUUGCCGUCGAGCUCGGCGGUUGGGCCCAGUGA